UACGGUCGUAUUUGACGGUCUAAAAAUUGCUAAAGAAAAAAUAAACGAAGGAAAAAUCAUUACAAAAAAAACAUCUAGAGAGUGAAAGAAAAUUGGAGAAAUAAAACGAGAAAAAUAUUGAGGAAAAACUUGAGAUAAAAUGUACGCAUGUGGAGACUGCAAGAGCUAGAAGAGAACAAGAAAAAAAAAAUCUAAUUGAAUUGCAAUAACAACAACAACAACUAGUACAAUAAUUGUUAAAUCAAGAAACGAAAUCAAAGAAAACUAAUCGAAACAACGGUAGUUAAAUGCUAGUAAAUGUCCGAGCAACAUAGCGCUAAUAUUUAGAUUGGCUUUAGGAGAAAAGUGUUAUAAUGGUGUUUAUGAUUAUCAACAAUCUAUCAACUAAGCUAUAAAUAACGUCAGUUGCAGUCAAUACCCCAAAAACUAAAACCAAGGAUUAUAAGCUGUUGACCGUCUCAAGAAAGCGAAAAAGAUUUAACACGGCACAAUAAGAAAAUUGGAAUUGUCUAAGAUAUCAGACAAUCAUCCCCCACCAUUAUGAUUAAAUUCAAAUUAAGGCUACUCAUAGCCUUUGCCCUGUAUCUGGGCUCAGCUGCCGCAGUACUCUCAUCAGCUCAAUUACCAGUCGAAGCACGAGGUGGCGUAUCCUCAGAGGAAGAAGAUGAUCCCAUAAUAUCCACCAGUUAUGUUUUGCCAAAUCAAAUUUUCAAUGAUGGAAAACCCUACUAUGCCGGCAAGGAUCCCAUAUCAGGACAAUUGGAUUUCAAUGUUAAGAAACCAGCCGGUAUAGAAACCUCAGCAAAUGAGGUUAUAGAUCCCAAUGAGAAGACUGUCAUUAGCUCCUCGUCACCCAAUAUACAUGAUUUUCUCAAUUUACCCGUAAAGUAUUCAUCAUCGAAAUUUGUGUAUCCUCUGGUUUCAAGUUCCUAUGCGAAUUUGAAAUAUCAGGGCAGUAACAAGAAUUACAUAACCAAUAAAAAGCCAACACAAGUGGUGCAGGCAACAUCGGCGCCCAACUACUUUACAGCGAAUUAUUUCACAGUGCCGACAACAAAGUUGGUGCCGGUGCAGCCCACGGGAUCGACUUCCAGCAGUAGCAGUACAUCAACAACUUCGACAACAUCUACCACUAAGAAACCAGCAACAACUUCUACUUCUACAUCUACUUCAACAUCGACCUCAACCUCUACAUCGACUUCAACUUCUACAACGUCCACCUCUACCUCAACCACCUCGACAACCAAAGCUCCAACUCAACCAAGCGUGGCCACCUCCUCAGCCAAAUAUACCACCUCGAGUAAGAGGACUACCACCACCACCACUCCAGUACCAAAGACUCUAACCACACGCAAGAAGUUUGUGCCCACCAAGAAAUAUAGCCCUGCCAGCACUACAUCAGCCUCAACCACACCAAUGCGCUUCCCCCAACAGGAGAGCUAUAAUACAACCAAACCCACCAAGUCUACCACAGCUGCCGCCUUCAGCACCCAUCAUCCAACUCCUCAGGCAGCUAUAUUUCCCACUGAACCCUCGACCACCAUGAAUUGGUAUCCAGCUCCACCAAGUUCAACCAGCACCAGACAGCCCAUUAUGUUCACCGAAGAUCCUACAGCCCCACCAGCAUUUAGCCCCAUUCCUAGCAGUACUCGCAUACCUAAUCUCGAUCCAGCCGAUGUCUAUCAUACUUUGGAUCAAAAGAAUAUAGAAAACAAAUUCGAUCCUAGACCAUCCAUGACUUUGGCGGAUUUAUUCAAUAGCUUGGCCGAGGAGGAGUCGGCAGUGGCAGCUCUCAGCAAUCCCUCACACCAAGGACUUGAUGCCCAAGGAAAUUUAAUGGAACCAUUGGAUCCCUCUAAACCCUCACCAUUCGCCAUGCAACAAAACCCGGCACAAAGACCACCACAUCCAUUGGCUCCAACGAAACCCACUUUUGGAACCACAAGUGCACCUCUCCACAUGCAACAGCAACAACAACAACAGCAAGCACAAGUCAUCUCUGGCAGCCAGGAGAACUUUAACAACGAAUAUGUCUCAUAUCAGGUGCAGCAACCCAAUAUAAUGCAAUACCGACCAGCCCCAGGGGCUAUCAACAAUGUGGUCAUAUCGCCAGGGCAACAUUCUGCCUCAUUUGUUUUAGGCAGCCAACAACAAGUGGGCACCAACACUUUUGGCAGUGUAGAGAAGGAGCCACUCUUCUCCAAAGAUCAUCCUGUACAAUAUGGCACAGUGAUCAAUGAAGACAUAAGCACUUUAAAUAGAAAGCCACAAGCUCCUAGUCCACCAGCUACAUAUCAAGAAAUGUCAAAUCCUUCACCCACUUCCAACUUCCAUCAAAAUGGUAACUUUGCCUCAGAGUCAGCAGGUUCCUCCUACCCCGAACCACCACCAGCAGCUCCUUUGCCUUAUCAACAAUUGCCUUUGAUUGGUUCGAAUCUAAGGACUAAAACUCCGGCUCAUAAACCAAUACCACCACCGCCGCCACCAUCAAACCAACAACAACAGCAGCAACAACUACCCACCCUAACAGGAACUGGAGUGGGUUCGGUGCAAUCAGUCAGCCCCCAAGAGAAUUCAGACAACUCUUUCACAUUGGAUUCCAAUCAAAAUACCAAAGAGCUAUUGGUCUCCACCAACAUUCGUUUCCCAGCCAAUGAUGAACAAUCGGCAGAAAUUCCCUCUUUACCAGUUGCUAAUGGGCCACCAUCUGGACCACAGGUCAAUGGGCAUGCUCAGCCCUUGAGUUUGCAGCAAAUUCAAAAUGCCAAUACUGUUGUAUUUCCCAAAUCCGAAGAAGGCAAUGGACCCUCCCUCUCCAUGGCCGAGGGAAAUGGUGGUGUUCAAAUACAGAAACAUGAAGUUCUCACCAUGAGUCAGCAUCAACAAAAAUUGAACUUCCCACCCUCGAAUGAACCGAAUACACCACCUACCCAUAUGGUGCCACCACCCCGCUUCCCACCGCCACUGCCCAACAGUAUUAACGAACACGAGCUGCAAAAACCAAAUCGUCCUCAUCCCCCGGCUGGUCCUCAAUAUCCUUUCAAUGAAUACACACGCAAGCCCAUUCCGGGCAUAACUCGUCCCAACCCAGACCGUCAUUUGCCCAAUAUUUUGCCACAAUUCCGUCCCAGUUCGAAAAUUUCCAAUGGUCAUCCACAACAGACAAACUUCAAUCAAGAGCCAGGCAAUAUUCUAGUAACGGGACCUCAGCCACCACAUCCAAAGCGAGGGCCAAAUUCGGGGAAUCCACAAUUUUCGCAUCGUCGUCAACCUUUGGGGCAACAAAAUCGUUAUCCACUCAAUCGCAAUGUAGAUUAUCCAUCGGUGGGACCACCACCACCACCGCCAGGAGCAUUGGGCCCCCAUGACAUAGCCAACAGAAGAAUCUAUCGCGUGUCUCCUUAUGGAGGUCAGGGCUUGCAAUAUUUAGAACGUCCAGGAGCUUAUCCACGUCGUCCUAUGCCACAUGUCCUAAGACCUUCGGAAUCACUGAACGUGGAACGCCAUGUUGCAAUGCCUCCUCCUUUGGAAAAGUUACCUGCCUUUGAGGAGGAAGAUUUGGUCAUCAAUGAUCCUCCACAACCAAUAACGCCCAGUAAGGAAUCCUCCCUAAUGAGUGAGGCCAAAUUGGAACCUGUGGUAACUUUGCAAAUGUUACAGUCCCAAAAGAAGGCGGUCUCCUUGCCCAAUGAUGAUACCGGAGCUGGUGAGAUUCAGGUACCCAGUUUGGAAGAAAGUGAAAUGGAGACUCUGGCGGAGAGUGCCACCAAUCAAAAUGGCCUAUAUGUGGUAUAUCCAGUGCCAGGAAGUGGUGAUAAGAAAUCAGAGUCCGAGGAUGAAGAAAUCGCCGACAUUAAAAACUCCUUGCCGGCAAUAGCUCAUGUGGAGCCUCCCACGGGUAGUGAAUAUCAAAAUACUCCCUUCUCGGUCGUACGAGAUCAACAACAGGAGCCUAUUUUGAAAAACAAAAAGCCUCUCUCGCUGCAACAACACAAACAACAACAGCAGCAACAACAACAACAACAACAAAAGGGACAAACAGCCAAAGAUUCUUUCCCCUAUCCCAUAGAGAAACCGGAUCCCUCGUACAGCGAACUGAAUGCUGCUGCGCUAGCAGCACCAGCCAAGGUUCCAGGUGUGCUUAUAGCCCCCAAAAUUAUAAACGGAGCCCUUGGCACGGGAACUGAGGCACCCAUUGCCAUUGCUUACACCCCCACUGAGUCCAGUAUGAAUUUCAAACUAAUGCAACAACAACAACAGAAAUAUCAACAGCAGCAGCAGCAUGAAUAUCAACUGCAAUUGCAACAACAACAGAAACAUCAGGACCAACAAAUGUACUCCAAUGUGAAUUUGGCCACACCAGUCAUCAAGGAGAUACGACACUUUGCCCAGACGGAGGAGGCCCUAAAUGGCCAUGAUUUCGAUUUAAGAGGUCAAAAUUACGAAAAGAAUUUCAUGGCUCCCUUCUAUCCAAGUGUGAGUCUGGAUGCUGUCACCAGCACCAAUCAUCCUUCGAAUAAUUGGAAUGUCUUGAAAACUUCUACGGGAGCCCCAUUGUAUGAGAAAAAUAAUAUCGACCGUUCGGAUGUGAAUGGUGAGAGUAACUCCCCGGCUCACAAGGCAGAGGAGAAAAAGCAGGAGGAAGAGCAAAUGACCACACCAAAAUCCUUUGAAAUGGAUAAAUUUCAGCCUGAGUUACAGGGUGGCUUUAAACCCAUCUAUCCACCCGGCUACAAGUUGGCCAAUGAGGAUGAGGAACAAGAACAACUUCAAAAGCAUGAAACCAAUAACAUGCCCUUGGCCUUGGCCAGUCGUAUGGAACUGCACCAGCAUUUGACCACUUUGGGAACGUCGUCAACAACAUCCACCUCCACCACCACCACCACAUCAACCUCUACCACCACAGCCAAGCCUCAACGGUUAGAGGAAGCAUACGAAACAACUACCCCCAAACCCAUUGACCAGGCAACAGUGGUACCACCUACGAAGCGCAUCAAAUCCAAAUUUGAGACCAGUUUAGCUGCCCUGUUGUUCGGCGAUGAAGAGGAAGAACUGGAGCCUGUCGAAGUGCCCCGCAAGGAGGAAGAGGAGCCUCAGGCCCGCAAAGAACCAACCAAAGCCAUGAUGAGUGGUCCUAGGAGUAUACCACGCAUGGGUCCACGUAAUUUGAAAAUAUAAAUAAGACCCUCAACUUCAAUUAGGCCUUCUUUCUUUUCACAAAAAAAAUCUAAACUUAAAUUUAGUUUUUAUUUAUUUUAUAGGAGAAAUAUUUAUAACAAAAAAAAAAUCAAAUAUACUUAGUUUUAAAUUAAAAUUAAGCAGCACCACCAGAAGACAUCCUUGUAAGGAUAUACUAACAAAAUCUCCCUCCUCCUUACAUACCAUAUUUUGCAAAAUAUUUUAAUUUUUCAUUUCUUCAAAACGUGUGUUGAAAUCUGUUUUUUUUUGUAAACAAAAAAUAAAUCCCUCAAGGUGGCAACUCUUGCGAGUCUAAUUUGAAAUUUUCCUUUAAAAAAUACAUAAAACACUUAAAUGUAUGAAGAGUUCCUCAUCCUGCACUCUUGGUUUCUCAUUAGACUCGCGAUUUGUUGAACCUUUUCAAGGCAAUCAACGUCCCACGUCCAUCACAUUCCAUACUAGUUCAUUUAUUUAUUCUCUUUGAUUGUUUCAUUCAUAAGCUAAGGCAAGUUAAAACAUUUGUUAGCAACAACAACAACAAAAUAUUUUUAAAUAGCUAUUAAACGAAACUAUGAAUUUUAAUAAUUAGAAAUAUCAGAACUGUUA